AUGAAAUCAACAUCGUUGACAUCAGGCAAAACUACCGAGCCCAGUGGAACCGGCACUCCAGGUCGCGGCACAUCAUGUGAGCCUUUCUGUGAUUCAAACUGCCCAGCAUGCCCCCCUGGGUUCGGUAUCGAUACCAGCAGUGGCGAUGGCGGUAGCGGCGGAGGUAGCAAUGGAGACGGUAGCAGCUCUGCUAGCGAUUCGACUACGUCAACUUCCACCUCGACUUCAACCGAGUCGAGCACGAAGACAGCCGCUGGUGGUGCUGAUUUCACUGAAUGUAGCUUCCCCACUACAACAGAAGGUAGUAGUGUCCUUGAUGCCUUGAGCUCCUCUCUAAGUUCCAUCUGGUACUCCGAAAUUGCUACUAUAGCGACAUCGACGUCGACUACCGAGUCAAGCACAACAACCUCGGGACCUACCAGCACUACAAGCAAGAGCUCCACUACCACAGCUCCACCCGCAACUACGCUGGGCGUUGAAGUGUAUGUAGUUCUGGACGACCCAUUUGGCGGCUUUGAUAACUACUGGGGCGCCAUCGAUUACACAUUGCCUAACCCAGGAAAGUAG